GUUUCCCCCCCUCAACCCCUCCCUCUUGGCGCGCGGCAGCGGGAGCCGGCGCGGGAGCCGCGAGCGGCGGCGAGCCAGCGCCCGGGCCGGCCGAGCCUUGUCCGGAGCUCGGAGCCCCGUGCGGGGCAACCCCCGGGGAGGAGCCUCGCCGGCUGGGACGCGUGCCGCACACUGGCACUGCCCCGGCACCAGCCGGGCUGCACGAAAACUCACUGUGUGCCCUCCUCAGUUGUUCUACAAUGAGUGCCAAGUCUGCCAUCAGCAAGGAAAUUUUUGCUCCUCUUGACGAAAGAAUGCUGGGAGCUGUCCAAGUCAAGAGGAGGACAAAGAAGAAGAUUCCUUUCUUGGCAACCGGGGGUCAAGGAGAAUAUUUAACAUAUAUCUGCCUGUCAGUGACAAACAAGAAACCCACCCAGGCGUCCAUCACCAAGGUCAAACAGUUUGAAGGCUCCACGUCGUUCGUGCGGAGGUCCCAGUGGAUGCUCGAGCAGCUUCGCCAGGUUAAUGGCAUCGAUCCUAAUCGGGAUUCUGCAGAGUUUGACUUGUUGUUUGAAAAUGCAUUUGACCAGUGGGUAGCCAGCACAGCCUCUGAAAAGUGCACCUUCUUCCAGAUCCUCCACCACACCUGCCAGAGGUACCUCACGGACAGGAAGCCGGAGUUCAUUAACUGCCAGUCCAAAAUCAUGGGAGGAAACAGCAUCCUCCAUUCGGCGGCCGACAGCGUGACCAGCGCCGUACAGAAAGCCAGCCAGGCCUUGAACGAGCGCGGGGAGCGGUUAGGUCGAGCAGAGGAGAAGACGGAAGACAUGAAGAACAGCGCCCAGCAGUUCGCGGAGACUGCACACAAGCUUGCCAUGAAGCACAAGUGUUGAGACACUCCCUAUCGCGGCAAUGACCCUCUCGAGAGAAAUGGAAGAGUUUGCUCAGCAGUUUUUACAAGAAUUCCGGACCUCUGCUUUUUUUUUUUUUUUUCUCCAGUAUAUGGACAUUUAGGUUUUUUUGUUUUUCCUUUUCAGACGUUAAUAUGAAAGAAAAGACGUAGUGUUUAUACAUUUCACUAAGGAUUGUGCUAAGAAAUGCUGCGGUGGCAUCAGAUUCGUUUGGUUUUUUAAUUUUUUUUCACUGUAUAGACAUAAGUCUUCGUAUGUGUCUUCUCUAAUUAUUUUUUUUUUCAGUAGUUUGGAUGUGGAAUUUGGACCAAAUGUUACGCUGAGCUGGGUCUAAACUGGCAACAUGUUGUUGUCUUUUUUUCUUGAUAUUAAACCAGAGAAGCGUCUGGCUGGCUCAGUCAGUAGAGGACACAACUCUUGACCUUGGGGUCGUGAGUUCAAGCCCCACUUUGGGUGUAGAGAUUUACUUUAAAAAAAAAAGGUGAUAUGAAGCCAGAAGACCUUUUCAUGUGGUGACAUCAGAUAUUCUUGUUCCUGGUUGGAAAUCAGUCAAGCAGUGACUUUGUCACUUUGUCAUUGCUUCUCUCAGUCUCCAAGCCACUCUUAAUUUGAAGGUUAAGAUUCCGUAUCUUGAAACACCAGUGUGUAUUAUGGCAAACAAUUGAAUUUAUCAGGGGAAACAGCAGUCUUAGAUUUUGCUUUUUAUGUCAUAAUCUUUUGCAUGAGCCAUCACCAGCAUUCCAAAAAAAAAAUCAGAAUGACAGAUAGAAAUCUACUUUCUGAGCUGCAGUUUAAAUACUUCCAGUACUUGUUUCCGUGCUGAUUAUUUGCAGUUAUCAUAGGAAGGGGAAAAAACUUGAGAUCAAAGACAUAAGGAAAAGCCUAUUUAAAAACCUCUGUGCAUUCAUGAAUGUCUCUUUCUUUUGUCAUUGCCCCAAAUUAUGGAAGCCAAUAUUGAAAAGAGCUUGGAUUUUUAUCAAGAAUUGAUUUGUCUAGAUAAAGGUCUGUGUAAACGAUAAUGUGAAAAGAUACUACAGUUAAAAUCUCUUUUCUAUUUGCAAAGUCAUGCCUAUUUUAGAAACACCCUCACCAUAUCCUUGGGAAAUGGCCUUCAGUUUCUUGGUAUCUGAUUUUUGGAGGCUCUGAUGUUGUUACUUGCUGUCUAUUUAUUUAAUGUAAUUUAAAGUGCAGGUGUCUUGACAAAUUAUAUUUCAUGGCCAUUGCAACUUGCAAGGGCUGACAUGAAACAUGGCCGUGAAGCCUUUACAUAACUGUAGUCAGACUGAAUAAAGUUGGUACCCACACCUCCUGAUUCUGCAUUAUUCCAGAGAAUGCCAGGUUCAGAGUCUGGGAGUUUUCUUUGAGGGUUAAAUACUAAACAUAAAAGCUGUGCUUUGUCUUUGUGAAACAAGGAGGCAAGCCGCAAAUCCCAGACACAGUCCCAGCCUCCCACUGUAGUGCAUUGAUUUUUAAGCUGCGAGAAUCUUCAGGACCCCUUUCUGAUCCUCCUACCCAUUGAGCCGACUGAGUCCAUGCAUUGUAGCCUCUUACAAGCAGCAUAAGAUGAUUUGGGGAUUAUUUAUGCUGAUUUAGAUAGCUUAAUUUCUCCUGAUAAAGCAUUCCCUGGGAGACAAAGUUGGGCUAUAGGGAAAAAAAUUAUCCUGUCAAAAGGGAGAUGCGGUUUGCUGGAGACAAAUUUCUGAAUCCUCUUGGGAAGAUGGUCCAGUUCAAGAAAAUGCUCUGUGAAAUUAAUACGGUAAACCAUGUAAGCUUACUAUAAUAUUUUGUACUUUUCUUUCAGUGUCUAAAAAGGUCAAAGAAGCAAGGAACUUGCUAUCUGAUGAGUACCAUUACAAGCAUUUCUGAUUUCUAAGAAAAUCCUGAAAUAUCACUUGAAAUGGGUUUUGUUUGUAGACCUCCAUUCAGAAAACACACAUGCCCAUGGAUAUAUUCAUCUUCUGAAAUUGGAUUCCAGCUUCAGAGAGCGAUAGUUGGUAUGAAUAAUUGGAAGGGUAAAUCUUAAGCCUCCCAACAAUCAGCCAAACUCAGAAAUAAAAUUGUUGCCAACUAUCUAACAAGGGUGUUUGCUGAGCUGCUUCUAAAGUAGCAGAGGAGGAGGUCAUAAGCAUACUGUGAAAUAUGGGCUUCUUGCUCCCUGGUAGAAUUGUGAUAGCUACUCUUCAUGAAAUGUUAGCAUUCUACGUCAUGCCCUCUUGCUUCUCUCUGUGUUUCUCCUUUUAGACUUCAGUCUUAGUGGAAGUAGCUUGGUUUAGAAGAACACCUCUAUUAGCUCCUUCUCUUGUUUUGCUUCCAGGGCCCAGCAAUGCCCUUGACCUCCCUGGGGUCAACGCCCUAGCGAGGCCAGAACAGCAAGCCCCCCCUGCCUUUCCUCUACCUCCUGACCUCUUUCAGAGCUGCCCCGUGAUGACACAUGUGAAGUUCUUUGCUAUCCUUUCGUAGAAGGUGCUGCGAUACAAAACAUUAAUACAGUCUAACCUAGAGCAAAUUGCUAAAAUGUCACAUUCUUUGGGACCAAUUUGUUGGGUGAAGCUGCUAGAAGACAGUAAAUUUGUUUGUUUCACUUCUGCACUUCAUUAUGGGUUUUUGAGAUACUCUAUCUCUGUGAAGGACUUCCUCAAUUGUACCGACAACACAUAGAGAAAAGAAGCUUCCCAGUAUUACCAUUUCUUCCUGGAACAUAGCUGUAGUAGUCCUCACCUAGUAUUAGAUAAUCUGCGUACAGGAUGUAUACAGUUAUUCAGGUUAAUGUUUCAUAUUAAAGAAUGUAUUUGUAAAAUGUAACAAGAUCAGUAGUUAACUUUUUUUAAGCUCUGAAAAAAUAAAGAUUGUGUUAGACUUACAAUUACAGUGAAAUCUGUCUUAAUACUACUACUUUUGUGGCUAACAAAGGUUGUGUAUUUAUGUAAAAAUAUUUACAGAAUGCCCUCAAUAAGGGAUAAUAAAGAUAAGUUUUGCUUUUCAUUUUUAGAAUUGUAACACCGCUGCUGUCUGUUGUACAGUUAUUAAUUCUUCAGAAGUUUCUCUAGGAUGUCAAAUAUAAUUUUUGUUUCUUUCAGAGACAAGUAAUACCUGCUUUAUGAUUCGUGAUUACCGUUAACUCUACUUUUGUCAUUAAAUAUUUUAACUCUGUGAUGAAA